AUGAUCUUUCUCCUGUGCCUCGUGGAGGUCUUGCUCCUAGCUGUGGCAAAGGAUGACAAAGGAGGUUGGGAAGAAAGCGUCAAUGACGAGGGCAAGAGGGUCCAGACCUUGAAGAUUGAAGCCCCAUCAAUGACCGAAGAGGACCAGUAUGGCUACAACAUGCCCGAUCGCUACAAAUGCGAUUCUUGCCGAGCCGUGGUGCAUCAUUUGCACGAGGCGCUGAACAAGCAGCAGCCAAAAAGCCGCAGGUUGAAGUCUUGGGAGUACACGGAUCUGUUCGAGGAGACCUGUCGCUCUGCCUUUGAGGGCUAUGGCAUCAAGCUUGUCAAUGGCGAGAACGUCCUGAGCGGGCCCGGCCUGAAAGACAACGUGGAGCUGCAGCCUGGAAUGGGAGCCAUCCAGAUGGGCGGCGAAAACUGGAAAAAGCGCCUUGCCGAAGAGUGUCGAAAGCUGGUCUUUGAGCAGGUUGGUGAAGAAGAUUUCUACGAUUUCCUGUACGGAAAGUGGAAGGAUGGAGAGCAGAUCGACAUUAGAGACUAUUGCACCAAGGAGGCGCACUACUGCAAGGCAGCGAAACUGGGUCCAGAGCCACCAAAGGAGAGCAAGGAGGAGAAAAAGCCGAAGAAGGAGAGAGGAAAAGCCGAGAGGAAGCCGAAGGAGAAGAAAGAGAAACCCAAACCUGCAGCCGACAAGGCUUCAGACAAGCUUACACUCGAGGCACGCUGGUGGUGGCUACUUGGUUCCAUGUCCUCUCCACCCCUUCGACCUUGCAGUGACUUCAUGCAAAAACUCGCUUCGAAGAACGGUGUGAAGCAGGAGGAGUACGUCGCUCCAAGAUCAGAGCGAGAAUGGGAGAAGCUUCUGGUCUCUGCCCUCUUCUUCGGCUCGUUGUUCAAGGUCACCUUCGUCUCGAGCCCCUUUCGCCCAACACGCGACCGAACUCGCCUUGAUGCACUACCGGAAUCUGGAGGUGCGACUUUGGAGGCAGAAGGCAUCCCGAAGACCAAUCCGCAGGGCAUCCAGAAUCAAAUCUGGCAGUGGCGUGGGCAGCGUAUUCGCUAUCAAAGCAUUGGAGAGGAGAAUGAUGGACCUAGCGUCCUCUUGGUCCAUGGCUUGUUUGUAAACGCUGAUCAUUGGCGACAGAACAUGCCGGCCUUGGCGAAAGCUGGCUUUCGUGUUUUUUCCAUCGACCUGCUGGGCUAUGGCUAUAGCUCCAAACCAGACCCCUAUGGUGAAGAAGCUCGUGCCAUCAACGGAGAGAAGGGCCGCAGGUUGGGCUCCCCGAAAGCCAACUUGGGCACUGCCUGGGGUGGAGAGCGAAGAGACGUCGAGGUGCCCUUGGAGCAUCCAUUGGGAUCAGUCUACAAUUUCUACACUUGGAGUGAAGAGAUUCGAGACUUUGCGCGGGAGAUCAUUCAAGCCGGCCCAAAGGGUGUGGCUCUGGUGGCCAAUUCCAUCGGCUCGAUUUCAGGUUUGCAGGCUGCUCUGGACGAGCAAGAUCUCUUUAGCGGCUUGAUGAUUCUCAAUCCAAACUUCCGGGAGUUGCACGUGGCAGAGCAACCGCCAUUGAUCAAUCCGCUGGUCUCUGCCAUCCAGGGCUGGCUUCGCGACAAUGGGCAGCCGUUGUUCGAUUUCCUGGCCAAGCCUGACACGGUGAAGCAGAUCCUGAAGGAGCCAUACCACGAUCCGGAGACGGUGACCGAUGAGUUGGUGGACGUGCUCCUCACGCCCUUGCUCAUCAAAGGUUCGGCGACUGUGGUCUUCGAUACUUUGUCAUAUUCUGCUGGGCCUUUGCCAGAGCAGCUUUUGGCAGAUCCAGGCCUAUCCAAGCUUCCAGUGUGGGUGUGUUUGGGUGAGAAGGACCCUUGGACGCCACUGGACCGAGUGCGCGCACUGGAUCAAUAUCCACCUGUCCAACGUGUUGAUGUGCUUCCAGGUAUUGGUCAUUGCCCCCAUGAUGAAUCUCCGGAAAUUGUUAAUCCGCUCUUGAUUGAUUUCUUGAAAUCUGUACAUCAGAAACAACUCGAAGCAUCAAUGGCCUAA